AUGCCACCAACCUGGCCCAAGGACAGUGACCAGAACAAGGACAAGCAAGAGCUGGACUCAUGCGCCGACUGCGGUCGCGGAGAACACGAUGCAGAGCAAUGCGCCCACAGUUCGGGUUCGGCCACACUGCCUUCCUCCAGUGGUCCAUCCAGGCUACGGUUUUCCGUCGACGUUCCAGCCACCGACGAGGACGCUGUACAGCCAAAAGAGCCCAGGUUCUCUGCUGCGCGAAAGCCCCAUGGUAUCCUCAAGGCUUCAUCCUACGGUCGAGACCGAGGCUACUCGUUAAGGCGAGCCCUAUUUGCCCAGAACAUUCAAAGGCAGAACUCGGACAGUGAAACCUCAUUCGAGUUGGACCCGGCAAACCACUUUUCAGACAAGAGCCAUGAUGUGACUACUGACCAGAAGCAACCUGGGCCACAGUUUACAACCAUUGCCGUUGAAGAGACUCGAGAGGAAGACGAAGCGCACCCCGGACGAGUGCGGCUGUCGGACCCGGCUCUCGAAUUACCCUUGUACCAACGCUGGCUGUCGAAACAACAUUCACGGCGGACACUGUUGCAGAGGCUGAGGAAGGAAUAUGUCCAGCUCCGGGAUAAGAUAGUCCGCUCCAACACAAUUCCUCCCAGUGUCGAUGGAAGACAUAUCCACGUGAAUGUUCUGCCAGGUGCGGACCCAAUCGACGAAAGAACUGCCAAACCCUUCGUUACCAACAUCAUUCGCUCGUGUCGUUAUACCCCAUGGAAUUUCGUUCCCCGUCAACUCGUUGCUCAGUUCGGCAAGCUGGCCAAUUUCUAUUUCCUCUGCGUCUCCAUCCUUCAAAUGAUCCCCGGCCUCAGCACCACCGGCACCUAUACCACCAUCAUACCGCUACUCAUUUUCGUGGCCAUCUCCAUGGCCAAGGAAGGCUACGACGAUAUUAGAAGGCAUGGUCUGGACAAAGAGGAGAACGCACGGCUCGCUACGGUCCUCACCUCUGCAUCGUCCCAGAGCAGCCCCAUCAGCCUCGAUUGGCAAGAAAAGAAAUGGGCGGACAUUCGGGUAGGAGAUGUCGUCCAGCUGCAACGGGAUGCCGGCAUUCCAGCCGACCUCGUACUCUUGUAUGUCGACGAGCCUACCGGCACUGCGUACGUUGAGACGAAGAGUCUCGAUGGGGAGACCAGCUUGAAACCCAAGAAGCCAGUGUCCGAUCUGAGUGUAGCAUGUCAGUCACCGGACUCCAUAGCAAAUCUCGAAGCCGAAUUUGUCGUCGAAGAUCCCAACCUGGACCUCUACAAGUUUGAAGGCAGAGUGACCAUCAAUGGUAAGACACUGCCCUUGACCAACACGGAGGUUCUGUAUCGCGGUAGUGUCCUGCGGAAUACUCCUUCUGCAACUGGCCUCGUGAUCUACUCGGGCGAGGAAUGCAAGAUACGCAUGAAUGCCAACAAAAGCCCACGAGUGAAGGCCCCCGCUUUGCAGGCCAAGGUCAAUAAGGUGGUGGUACUGGUCGCUUCCCUGGUGUUCUUCAUGGCCAUCAUCCUCACCAUCGCUUACCAAAUCUGGCGUCGAACUACCGAGGAGAAGUCGUGGUAUCUGCAGUCGGCAAGAGUUCCCUUCGGCCACAUCCUAACCUCGUUCAUUAUCAUGCUGAACACUAUGCUCCCACUGAGCUUGUACGUCUCGCUCGAAAUCAUUAAGGUUGCGCAGAUGUUCUUGAUGAACGACGUUGAUAUGUACGACCCUGAGUCCGAUACCCCGAUGGAACCGCAUACCUCUACCAUCAACGAGGAGCUGGGCCAGGUCAGCUACAUCUUUUCGGACAAGACGGGCACCCUCACCAACAACUCGAUGAAGUUCCGUAAAAUCAGUGUCGCGGGUACUGCUUGGCUUCAUGAUGUCGAUCUUCAAGAGGAGGCUGAGAAUGAGGCUGGCCAGAUCAAGUUGAGGCACCAAAAACGAGGCGGCAAAGAGAAGGAUGUCGUUUCGAGCAAGCACCACCGACAAUCAACCUCCAGACUUGCACGAAAGUCAGCAGCAUCUACCGGAGCCGUCGUUGAACAGUCUUUUGUUUCUGACGAGGGCACUGACGAAACACAGUGGCGAGCUCCAAACGGCCUAGACUUGAGCUUGGAGACAGGCAAUACACAGGAGCUGCUCCACGAGAUUUAUCGUCGUCCUCAUACAAUAUUUGCGCGCAAAGCUCGAUUUUUCCUCCUUUCCCUGGCCCUUUGCCAUACUUGCAUUCCAGAGAAGGAUGACGAUGGCAACAUCACAUAUCAAGCUGCCUCUCCUGAUGAGCUGGCUUUGGUGACGGGCGCGCAGGACCUUGGGUAUAUUGUAACUGACCGGCACGCAAACACAGUGACCGUCAAGUCGUUCUGCCACGGAGACGAAGUUGACCCCAUCUACGAGACCUAUGAGGUCUUGGAUGUGAUUGAGUUUUCCAGCAGCAGAAAGCGAAUGUCCAUCAUUGUCCGCUUUCCCGACCACAGAAUAUGUUUAAUCAGCAAAGGCGCAGACAGUACGGUUCGUAAGCAACUCCGCCUCGCAGAUCUGGCGUCUUCCAAAGUGCAAGCUGUUGAAACGCGGGCAAGCCAGAGGAAGAGUCUCGAGGCACAGGAAAUCCUUAGAAGAAGAAGCACACAAUUGAGCCGCAAAUCAACUUCGGUCUACGGUCUCGAAACAGCCUCUCCCCGACCGAGCAAUGUGUCAACACCAGAAAGUAUCGGACACUGGCUGAAGGAACGGGAGCAUCCUGUCGGGAUGUCUACAGAACGCAAGAGCCUGCAGUUCUACACUCCUCGCCCAUCGGCUCAAUUUGGGCCCCGCGGAUCGGAGGAUGUUGCGAGAAGGUCGCAGCAGUCACAUCAGUCUACUCCACGUGCGUCCAUGCAGGCUGGUGAAGAGGAGGCCCUCGUCGAGGAAAGCCUGGUGGUGAACGACGAUGCCAUCUUCGAACGCUGUUUCCAGCACAUUGAUGACUUUGCCACCGAAGGCUUGCGCACAUUGCUUUAUGGGUACCGAUUCCUCGCCGAGGAGGAGUACAAGAUCUGGAGAAGUGACUAUGUGUCUGCAAGCACCAGCAUCGUCGAUCGGCAGCGAAAAAUCGAGCGCGCGGCCGAAUUGAUAGAGAAUACGCUGGAACUUCUGGGUGCGACAGCCAUCGAAGAUAAACUCCAAAAAGGCGUUCCCGACACCAUUGAUCGAUUUCGUCGUGCUGGAAUCAAAAUGUGGAUGCUCACUGGCGACAAGCGUGAGACGGCAAUCAACAUUGGACAUUCCUGUCGGCUGAUCAAAGAUUAUUCGAAAGUCAUUGUGCUCGACCACGAGCUGGGAGACUUACACAGUCGCAUGGCUUCUGCCUUUACGCAAAUCGAUAGUCAGCAGACGGUUCACGCGGUGCUGGUAGUCGAUGGCCAAACGUUGACUAUAAUCGACGCGGACCAGGCCUCGCAUGCAUUGUUCACGGAUGUGGCGAUCCGGGCCGACUCUGUCAUCUGUUGUCGAGCCUCCCCGAGCCAGAAAGCGUCCCUCGUAAAGACCAUACGAACGAAGGUGAAGGGUUCUGUCACUCUGGCGGUCGGUGAUGGCGCCAACGAUAUCGCCAUGAUCCAAGAGGCGCACGUGGGCAUUGGAAUCGCUGGAAAAGAAGGCCUCCAGGCAGCCAGGACUUCAGACUACUCGAUCGCUCAAUUUCGGUUCUUGUUGAAGUUGGUCCUGGUCCAUGGAAGAUGGAACUACGUCCGCAUCUGCAAGUACACCUUGGGGACCUUUUGGAAAGAGAUGCUGUUUUAUCUGGUACAAGCCAUCUACCAACGAUGGAAUGGCUAUACAGGAACCAGUUUGUAUGAAUCGUGGAGCUUGUCCAUGUUCAACACGCUGUUCACCAGUCUGCCAGUGAUCUUUAUGGGGGUGUUUGAAAAGGAUCUUGCAGCCUCGACUCUUUUGGCCGUCCCCGAAUUAUACAACAUCGGGCCGCUCAACCUAGGCUUCAACUUCAAAUUGUACCUAUGGUGGGCGACGCUCGGUGCCUGUGAAGCCGUGAUUGUCUAUUUCAUCAUGUAUGGGAUUUACGGGCAGGCGCUGUUCACGCGCGACCAAGACCUGUACGCGAUGGGAUCGUUGGCGUUCAGCGGGUGCGUCAUCAUCAUUUCACUGAAGCUGCAAUUUAUUGAACUGCACAACAAGUCAGUAGCGGCCGCGGUGGCCAUUUUCCUGUCGGUAGGCGGGUGGUGGUUGUGGAAUCUUUUCCUGUCCUGCAUAUAUCCAGAUGAUGUGGUAUAUAGCGUCAAGCAUGCGCUCCUGGAUGGAUUUGGUCGCAACCUACUGUGGUGGAUCACGUUACUCCUGAUCAUCGUCGCGGUGUGUCUACUGGAGGUCACACUCAAGGCUAUUGGUGCUGUGCUGUGGCCAACUGACGUGGAUCACUUCCAACGGUUGGAGCAGGAUCGCGACGUGCGAAAGAGAUUUGAGGAGGCUGCGGCAGAUCUCCUGCAGCAAGGAUGGGACCGAGGCACGAAGAAAUCGAGCCUCGAACUGGCAAGAGAGGCCGCGGAAGAGGCUGACAGAGAAGCCCAUGUUCAAGAGUUGUUAGAAAAACCACGGGACACGGGCCAGCGGAGGCCGUGGGUCAAGAGGACACAGUCGGGUGUGAGCACUAAUACCACCAAUAAAGGGGCCGGAGUCCAACAGAGUGAAGAGAGUCAAGAAAUGGGAGAGAUUCCGAGAAGGUCUAUGGACAUUGGUGAGUUGUUCAGCAAGGGGUUUGGAGCCGUCCGCAAAGGACCCGAUUUACGAUAA